ACAAUUGCAUCGAAGUUCAUGAAAUAUAAUAAAAUAUCACUAUAUAGAAAACGAAUACUGAUAAUAUUCAUAGUUUUUUGCUUCAAUUAUCCCCAAGAACUCGUAUUGUGUUAGAUCAAUAUUUGUAUAUGUAUAUAUAUUCUUUUCAAAUCAAUAACACAUUCAAAGAAAAAUAUAUCUCUUUUGUAUAUAAAAAAUAUUUUAGUCUUAUAAAGUUAUCAUAAGGUUUUUAUUAUUUAGAAAAGAUAUAAACAUGUGUUUGUGUCUUGGUGCUUUCAAAUCUGGUAAAACACUCUUGCUGAAACGUCUUCAAGGUGACGAAAUAGACGAUGCCACCCACACAGUACCAACUAAUGGUAUCAAUUUAUUUACAAUUAAAAAUAAUACUGGUGAAUUUGAUAUAAUUGUUAGAGAAAUCGGUGGCAAUAUGGCACCGAUUUGGAAAUAUUACUACGACAAGGUUUAUAAAUUAAUUUUUGUCGUGGAUACUAGCAAUCUUUGCCAGAUAAGUGCAGCUGGUGUUUUAUUAUAUUCGGCAUUAGUUGAACCAAGAUUAAAACAUAUCAAAAUUGCAUUAAUUUUAAACAAAAUGGAUCUUUCUUAUAGACAAAUGAGGAAUGAAGCUCUUCUUAUGCUUCAAUUUGUACGUUUGAAGAAAGAAAUAACUCAAGAGAUAAUUGUAAUUGAAACUAGUGGAAUAACAGGACAAGGUCUUGAAGACUUACGUAAUUGGUUAUUUGAUCCAUAUACUUUAAAAACUGUAAAAAGUAUCAAUAGAUAAAUUAUAGCAAAACUAUACGAAAAAAUCAUAUCUCCAAAUUGAUGACUCUCUUUAUUUACACUAAAUCUUACAAAUAUGUAAUUUUAUUACUAUAAUUGUAUUAAAUUGUUAAACCAAUCAUUUUAUUACAAUGAGUCACUAAUAAGACAAAUAUUACAGUGUAGUAUUUAUACAGUUGAAAACUGUUACUAUAUUAACAUAGAUAGUAACGAUUAUUACCAUGUUUUAAUACGUUCACGCCGGCGUGCAUCACCGGUGAGCCGCACACGACUGUCCCAAGCAUAAUAUGAAUUUAAGCCCCGCCUUGUAGCGAAAAAUAUGAAAAUUGGUCCGGCGUGAACGUGUUACAACGAUGUGAAAUGAUGGAUAAGUAGAAUAAAUGAUAAAGCAUUGCAGUAAAGAUGAA